AUGCACCAACCGCGGCUGAGCUGUUCGGGGACACGAGGAAGGGGAACUGAGGAGAGAAAAUAGUGUGCUAUCUCACACCAGCCUGCGUGUGCAUCUUUGCAGCGGUGGGAACGAUGCAUAUUAAGAGCGGAUAGCUUAUGUUAUCCGGCCUCCUCUGCACUGCCUCUGCAUCCCAUUCACCCUGCUCCUCCCACUCCAACUCUUCCUCCUCCUCCUGUCUACAGCAUCAUUAGACAGGACUACAGAUUGACCGGGACUGGCGAGUGGUGGAUGGUCAGGUUUGCCCCGGCUGAAAGAUUCUUCUGUGGCUAUGCUACAUCUACACCAUCGCUGAGGGCUGGAUUGUAUUUGACAUUCGGAGCUAGAAGAUAACCCACAACCUGCAAGAAAUCUUGGAUGUGUGUGUCAUUCUUUGCCAGUGUUGUCAUUGGCGCAUUUCCUCUAUUUCGCUGGUUGUUUUUGCCUUCUCUGAGACUGGCUAGCAGGCACUGCAGCAUCAGGACCGCAAGACCCAUGAAGCGGUAGGGCAUGAGGACCCAGGGGCGACCCAAAGGAAGGGCUUGAGUGCUUCCAUUGCUUCCACUGCUGCUGAGGUGCUUAUCUUGAUUUUUUUUUCUCCAGAAAAGGGUGUCUGGUGGGGGUUGGGGUGGGUGGUGACAGCACAGGUACCCGGGCCCCUGCAGAGCAGAGCGGGUGGCUCUUGCGUCGAGGCAGGCAGGACGUCCUGUGGGAAAGGGGGGAAGAAGGGCCGGCUCGAGCGUUGGGCUCCUGAUGGUGGCUAUUUUUGUCUCCCCUAGCUGAGUGAUUGGGACAGCGGGUGGAAGAGAAGAUGCUUAUGGCCCGAGACACGGCGCGGGAUGAGGCUCAAAAGCUACACAGGAAGUGGCUGAAGCACCAGGCCUUUAUGGCGGAACUGGCCCGCAAUAAAGAAUGGCUGGCCAAGAUAGAACAGGAGGGUCAGGAGCUGAUCCAGGAGAAGCCGGAGCUGCGUUCAGUCGUUCAGCAGAAACUGGAAGAGAUCAGAGAGUGUUGGUCCGACCUGGAGAGCACGACCAAGGCCAAGGCCCGCCAGCUCUUUGAAAACAACAAGCCCGAGCCGGCGGUGAAGAGCUACUCGGACCUCGACAACCAGCUCUCCCACCUGGAGCAGCAGCCCCCCCAGCUGGAACAGGCACACCAUCUGCCCACCUUCAAUGAGCAGCUCCAGAAAUUCCAGGCUAUGGAGUCUCAGAUAGGGGACUUUUACAAGGAUGUGGGAGAGCUGGGAAGCUUACAGGGGGUCUGCCUACCCCAACGAGGGCUGAUGGCAGGUGACAAGGAGGGUGGUGAGCAGUCAGGCGAAGUAGAGACCCGCAUCGUCCGCCUCAUUGAGCCCCUGAAAGAGAGACGCCGCAUCCUGCUGGCUUCCAAAGAGAUGCACCAAGUCGCCCAAGACCUAGAGGAUGAGAUACUGUGGAUUCAGGAAAGGCUUCCCUUGGCCUCCUGUAAGGAUUAUGGGAAUAACCUCCAGAGUGUACAGCAGCAUGUAAAAAAGAACCAGACACUCCAGAGGGAGCUGACAGGGCGGCGGGCUCGCGUUGAGGAGGUUCUGGACCGGGCGGCGAUCAUCGCUUCGCUGAGGACCCCUGAGGUGGAGUUUGUGCGUGAAGGGGCGGGGCAUGUGCGCCAGCUGUGGGAGGUUUUACAGCUGGAGACAGAGAGGAGGUCUGUGAUGCUGGACGCGGCGCUGCAGGCUCAGCAGUACUACAGUGAGGCGGCUAAAGUGGAGUCCUGGCUGUCAGGUCAGAAGCUCCAUCUGGUCAAUGAGGAAAAAGGCACGGAUGAGGCGAGCACCCUGCAGCUGCUUAAGGCCCACCUGGCUCUGGAGCAAACAGUGGAAACAUAUGCAGAGACAGUCGGCAUGCUAUCCCAGCAAUGCCAGCAUCUAUUGGAACUUGGACACCCAGACAGUGAGCAGAUCACCAAGCAGCAGUCCCACAUAGACCGGCUGUAUGUGUCUCUGAAGGACAUGGUGGAGCACAGGAAGACCAAGCUGGAGCAGCAGUACUGGCUCUAUCAGCUCAACAAGGAUGUGGAAGAGUUAGAGAAGUGGAUCACCGAGCGUGAGGUGGUGGCCAGUUCCACCGAUCUGGGCCAAGACCUCGAGGAUGUCACGGUGCUUCAGGAGAGAUUCACCAAGUUUGCCUCAGAAACCAACAGCAUUGGCCAGCAGCGCAUGGAGCAGGUGAACAAAAUGGUGAACGAGAUGAUCGACUGCGGCCACUCUGAUGCGGCCACCAUCGCUGAGUGGAAGGACGGACUGAAUGAGUCGUGGGCCGACCUCCUGGAGCUGAUGGAGACCCGCAGGCAGAUGCUGGCGGCUUCGCACCAGCUGCACAAGUUCUUCACUGACUGCAAAGAGGUCUUGGCUCAGAUCGCAGGAAAGAUGAAGCAGCUGCCAGAGGUGAGGGCAUGCCAAGCCAACAUCACCAAUCCAGCCACCCUGCAGAGGCUCAUGCACUCCUUUGAGCAUGCCCUUCAACUGCUAGUCGCACAGGUGAGGCAGCUGCAGGAGAACGCUGCACAGUUGAGAACCAUCUAUGCCGGUGAGAAGGCUGAGGCCAUCAUGGUGAAAGAGCAGGAAGUGAUGGAGGCAUGGAAGGAGCUGCUGAGCUCCUGUGAGGCCAGUCGCGUCCAGGUGACUUCAGUAACCGACAAGGUGCAGUUCUUCUCGGUGGUGCGUGAAAACCUGAUGUGGAUGGAAGGCAUUAUGGGCCAGAUAGGGUGGGAUGAGCCCAGGGAUUUGACGGCACUGGAGGUGAUGAUAAAACAACAUCAAGAGCUGAAAGCCAAAAUAGAUGGCCGCAGCAAGACCAUACAGCAGUGUGCAGAUCUCGGCAAGAUCCUGAUAGCCGCAGGCAACCCUGCAUCAGAGGAGAUAAAAGAGAAGUUGGACAGCCUUCUGGCUAAGCAGAAGGAUCUUGUGGAAAAAUGGGACAAACACCAGGAAAGGUUACAGCGCAAGCAGGAAAGGUUCCAAUUUGCCCAGGAGACGGUAAAGGCGGAAGCCUGGCUGAAGGCCAAGGAGCCGCUGAUCACCUCCAAGGAGCCAGAGGGAGGAGAGGCCCGGGCCCAAACAGACGAGGUUGAACAGCUCAUCCUUCGCCAUGAGGCCUUCCGCAAGGCUGCUGUAACCUGGAAAGAACGCUUCAGCUCUCUCCGCCAGCUUUCCGCAGCUGAGAAGAAAAAAGAGGAGGAGAAAAAGACAACCCCGCUCUCCAGCCGAAGGAUGUUCCCAUUAUCUUGUCUGACUCCCAGUGUUCCCUCAACCAGUGCUACCUCAUCUUUCUUGAGGCAGACAGUACAGGGGCAUAUAGAACCCAAACCCUUACAGACCAGUCUGGAUCUGGGUGCCACCCCUGCAACCCAGAGAUUGUCCUCGGCCCUAGCCAGUUACAACCCAGUUAUAAAUGGAUCAGGCUACCACGGACUGGAACAGCAGUGCAGUGGAAAGUUGGUGAGCUCCUCGUACCUUGGGAUGAACCAACAGGCGUCCGGAGGUGGAAGCGACUCUGGUUUCUCGGCGCUAACCUCCCACAGUGGUGGAGCAGAUACUUCUACUUACCUUGGGAUAAACCAUCAAACUGCUGGCAGUGCAGAGAGCUCUGGCUACUUUGGACUGACUACUGGGUGUAUGGGUGGUAUGCAAAACCAUCUAGGCAGUGUCAGGUUAGGAAGUUCAGGUAACCUAGCUCAGCAGCCAAGCAGCAGCGGUAUGGGAAAUCCUGGCUUUCUGCCUCAACAGAAUAUGGGUAGUUCUGGAUAUUUGGCCCAACCACAAAAUAUGGGAAGUUCUGGAUACUUGGGACAGCAGCCUAAUUUAGGGAGUUCAGGAUAUUUGGCACACCAGCCUAAUAUGGGGAGUUCUGAGGUAUUUGGCACAACAGCACCAAUAAAUGGGGAGUUCUGGGUAUUUGGCCACAACAGCCUUAAUAUGGGAUGUUCUGAUUUGGCACAGCAGCCUAAUAUUGUGAGCUCUGGAUACCUAGCACAGAAUUAUCAGAGCAGUGGGGGAAUGGGUAGCUCAGGCUUUCUGGCACAAAAUCAUUUCAGCAGUGGAAGUCUGGGCAGUUCUGGAUACCUGGCGCAGAGUGGUGGCAUCAUGGACCCUAAAAUGGCGUAUGCAUGGCAGCACCUGAAAGCUGACUUCAUGCAGCCCAGGAUCAACCACAUCCACAAGGCUGUAAACCCCCUCCUAGAAGCCAGUAGAGUGCAGCGGGAACAGUUUGGGGACAUCCCAAUGGCAGACAUGAUGGGGCCAGAGUCGGGGCUGGAGCUCCUUCAUGGCCGUCUCCAGAGGGAUCCCCGUGGCAGCCGCUCUGAUCCUCAGAUGGACCAUCUAAGGCGAGAGAGGGAGUACAAGCUGGGUAGACAGACCUCCAGCGAACAGGAGAUCCAGGCAAGGCUGAACGAGCUGCCGCUGAUCGUACGUCAGGAGCGCUAUCGGAGGCGCCUGGAGAGGCAGUCAUCCAGUGAACAGGAGGGGAGCAGCAAGCAGAGACUGCAGAGGCAGGACUCGAGUGACCUGGAGGGCUCUGUUAAGGAUGGCUCUGACAAACGCUCAGGGGAUAAGAGAUCUACCAUGGCAGAGAUUGUAGAACAAGUCCAGGAAAGAGAAGCAGCAAAUGCACGAGGAGAGCCUUAUCGGCCUUCUAGCAGCCUCUCAGCGCCUGUGACUCGUUUUGACGGCCGCCCUCGUGCCCGAGACCGCCCCAAACCGAGGAGGAGGCCCCGUCCUAAAGAGCCUGAGGAGACACGCCGUUCUCGCUCAGCUCCAGCUACUGGUGCCCCAACAACACCUCAGCCACCUUCACACACUGCCCAUAACGAAGGCUUCCUCUACCGCAAAAAGGCCACCACCUCUGACCUUGAAGCCCAGCAGAGAAGCCCAAACAGCAAAUCCUGGGUGAACGUAUAUUGUGUGCUGAAAGAGGGAAAGCUGACCUUCUACAAGGAUGCAAGGAACCACAACACAACGUACAAUGAAGAGCCUCCUGUUGACCUUAGUACCUGCUCAUUUGAUCCUUCAAUGGGAUACAAGAAGAAGAAAAACGUCUUCAUUCUUCAAAUGAAAGAUGGAAACAACUUUGCAUUCCAUGCAAAAGAUGAG